CGCACGUGUGGGAUCUAAAGCCUCCCCUUGCUGCUGCUGCUGCUGCUACUGUGGAAGAGCAUGCUCUGUGCCCAGCCCGGCUUUCUCCAGGAAUUGAUGCACUUACAAUUGGCGAGUCAUUAUGCUGCUCCACCUGUGUAGUGUUAAGAAUCUGUAUCAGAACAGGUUCCUAGGCCUGGCUGCCAUGGCGUCUCCAUCUCGGAAUUCGCAGAAUCGGCGCCGGUGCAAAGAACCUCUGAGGUACAGCUACAACCCGGACCAGUUCCACAAUAUGGACAUUGGGAAUGGCCCCCAUGAGACGGUCACUAUUCCACGCUCUACCAGUGACACAGACUUGGUCACCUCGGAUAGCCGGUCUACCCUCAUGGUCAGCAGCUCCUAUUAUUCCAUAGGACAUUCCCAGGAUCUGGUGAUUUAUUGGGAUAUAAAAGAAGAAGUGGAUGCUGGGGACUGGAUCGGCAUGUAUCUCAUUGAUGAGGUUUUGUCUGAAAAUUUCCUGGACUACAAAAAUCGUGGGGUAAAUGGCUCUCACCGAGGUCAAAUUAUCUGGAAGAUUGAUGCCAGCUCGUACUUUGUAGAGCCAGAGACAAAGAUCUGCUUCAAAUAUUACCAUGGAGUGAGCGGGGCACUGCGUGCAACAACCCCCAGUGUGACAGUGAAGAAUAACGCAGCUCCUAUUUUUAAAAGUAUCACCAACGAAGAUUCAGCCCAAGGGCAGGGAAGCAGAAGACUAAUCAGUUUCUCAUUAUCAGAUUUCCAGGCUUUUGGUCUGAAGAAAGGCAUGUUCUUCAAUCCAGACCCUUACCUAAAGAUUUCGAUCCAGCCUGGAAAACAUAGCAUCUUCCCAGCUCUUCCUCACCAUGGACAGGAGAAGAGAUCGAAGAUCAUGUGUAAUACCGUCAAUCCCAUCUGGCAACGAGAGCUGUUCAGCUUUGUUUCUCUGCCCACUGACGUCCUGGAAAUAGAAGUGAAGGACAAGUUUGCAAAGAGUCGGCCAAUCAUCAAGCGUUUCUUGGGGAAGCUUUCCAUGCCAGUGCAACGGCUGCUGGAGAGACACGCCAUCGGGGACAGGGUUGUCAGCUACACUCUGGGACGCAGACUGCCAACGGACCACGUCAGUGGACAGCUGCAGUUCCGGUUUGAGAUAACUUCUUCAAUCCACCCAGCAGAUGAUGAAGAGGUCUCUCUUACUGCAGAUCCUGAGUCAGCUGAAUUCCAGGAAAGCCCCAUGAAUAUAUCAGCAGAGGAAAUCCUCGGUGAGCCUCCGUGCACCAGCACCAUGAGCUCAGAAAGUGCAGUUCCAGAGAAGCUAAAUGGAUGCCCAGUGAUCUGCAUCAAUGUUGAUAGCUCUGGUGCUGGGGAGCUCAGCCUGAACAGCUUCUUAAAAGAAGAGCUAGCAGGAAACGGGGAGGACGAUGCAGUGCCAGCAGACACGGUUGAUCCCUUGGAAUCCAUCCCAGGGGAAAUGAUGCCUUCCCUGAGUGCUAUGGACCUCACUGAACAACUGGCUCUGUUGGCCUGCACGCCCUCCGAAUCUGAAGUUAGGGAGAAUAAUAAAGUCAAUUCUGUUACUCAGGGAGACAGUGACAUCUUUACCAGCAUAGAAGCCCUAUCUAUUGAUGAGGUGAGUGGAGAUACCCAAGCUGUCAAAGAUCUAGAGAAGAGUCAGGAUGAUGAAGGGGCUUCAGCCCAGGAAGAAGAAGAGGAGGAGGAGGAGGAGGAGGAGGAGGGCGAAGAUGAAAAAGAGAAGAACGAGCUACAGCUAAGGACCAUGGUGAAAAGGAAGAACAGGCCUUGCUCCUUGCCUGUGUCAGAACUUGAGACGGUGAUCGCAUCGGCCUGUGGGGAGCCGGAGACUCCUCGUACUCACUACAUAAGGAUACACAAUCUCCUGCACAGUUUGCCUUCAGCCCAGAUGAGCAGUGAUGAUGGUGAAGGAGAGGAGGAACCAGGCAGCGUGAUAGAGAACGAUGAAGAACUGACCGUCCGGGAAGUGUCGGAGAAGGACCUAGUCAGCGAGACUGAAACAGUGUUGGCGGACGCCCCUCCGGAAAACAGAGCGGAAGAGAACUUUGUCCGGGGGACGGUGCCUCGCAGCACCUCCAUUGAGCACCUUGCUGACUUAAAUGAACAGCUGAUGGAUGGCGAAGGGCCCAGAACUGAAAGUGAGAGUGAAUUGAGUCCCCGGCCCCAUGGUGACGCUGAGUGCGAAAUGUGUGACACUUCCUGUUACAGCCCGUCCUGUUAUAGCACUUCCUGUUACAGCACCUCCUGCUAUAGCACUUCCUGUUACAGCACUUCUGGUCAGGAGAGCACCAACCGGUUCUCAAGCCAUACCCGGUUCUCAUCUAUUGACAGUGCAAAGAUUUCUGAGAGCACGGUGUUUUCUUCACAGGACGAUGAGGAAGAGGAAAACAGCGCUUUUGAGUCGGUGCCCGACUCGGUGCAAAGCCCUGAGGUGGACAGGGAGCAGGUUGAUGGCUCCGCCCACUGGCCUGAGGAACUGGUAGCUCGUGGAGUGAAUCUGCAGGGAACAGCAGAAGGUGUAGAGUCUCCAGUAGCAGGCCCAAGCAACCGAAGAGAAGGUGAUUGCCCUUUACUCCAUAAUUCUCAGCCCAUCAACCAGCUUCCUUCCCUGAGGCCUGACCACCAUCAGUACCCAACCAUUGAUGAGCCUCUUCCGCCAAAUUGGGAAGCUCGGAUAGACAGCCAUGGACGGGUAUUCUAUGUGGAUCACGUGAAUCGGACCACAACAUGGCAGCGUCCUACUGCAGCAGCUACUCCUGAUGGAAUUCGCAGAUCAGGCUCAAUCCAACAAAUGGAGCAACUCAAUCGACGGUACCAAAAUAUCCAGCGAACGAUUGCUACAGAGAGGACAGAGGACGACAGUGUUGUCAGCACUAGGGUAGACAGGCUCCCUCCUGGAGGAGGCAGUGAUUCUGAGGCAGAUCCUUCCCAGCCAAAUUCAGAAAUUAGAAGAGAAGUACCUGUUUCACCUGUGAACUCUCAAAAAAUCACUUUAUUGCUGCAGUCUCCAGCUGUAAAAUUCAUCACCAAUCCGGAGUUCUUCACGGUGCUGCAUGCAAACUAUAGUGCCUAUCGCGUUUUUACCAACAGCACCUGCUUGAAGCAUAUGAUCCUGAAGAUCCGGAGAGACGCCCGGAAUUUUGAACGGUAUCAGCACAACAGGGACCUGGUAAAUUUUAUCAACAUGUUUGCUGACACACGGCUGGAACUUCCGCGAGGCUGGGAGAUCAAAACUGACCAGCAAGGCAAGUCCUUCUUUGUUGACCACAACAGCCGCGCUACCACUUUCAUUGAUCCCAGAAUCCCGCUUCAAAAUGGCCGCCUACCCAAUCAUUUGACUCACAGACAGCACCUUCAGCGUCUCCGUAGUUACAGCGCUGGAGAGGCAUCAGAAGUCUCUCGAAACAGAGGAGUUUCUUUGUUAACCAGACCAGGCAACAGCCUAGUAACAGCUAUUCGAAAUCAGCACCAUCAUGAGUCUUUGCCUCUAGCAUACAAUGACAAAAUAGUUGCAUUUCUACGCCAACCCAACAUUUUUGAAAUGCUGCAGGAACGUCAGCCAAGUUUGGCAAGAAACCAUGCGCUCAGGGAGAAGAUUCACUACAUUCGGACAGAGGGUACACAUGGGCUUGAAAAGUUGUCCUGUGAUGCAGAUUUAGUAAUACUCCUGAGCCUUUUUGAAGAAGAUGUUAUGUCCUACAUACCCCUUCAAGCCGCUUUCCAUCCUGGCUACAGUUUUUCCCCUCGUUGUUCUCCCUGCUCAUCACCUCAGAAUUCUCCAGGCUUGCAACGUGCCAGUGCGAGAGCACCCUCUCCUUAUAGGAGAGAUUUUGAAGCCAAGCUUCGCAAUUUUUACCGAAAACUAGAAGCCAAAGGAUAUGGCCAGGGUCCAGGUAAAAUUAAGUUAAUAAUAAGGCGUGACCACCUACUGGAAGGCACUUUUAAUCAGGUGAUGGCUUACUCACGGAAGGAGCUCCAAAGAAACAAACUCUAUGUCACAUUUGUUGGAGAGGAAGGCUUGGACUACAGUGGUCCAUCCCGAGAGUUCUUCUUCCUUCUAUCUCAGGAGCUCUUCAAUCCAUACUAUGGCCUGUUUGAGUAUUCAGCCAAUGACACUUACACUGUACAGAUCAGCCCCAUGUCAGCAUUUGUAGAAAACCAUCUGGAAUGGUUCCGGUUCAGUGGCCGUAUCCUUGGCCUUGCUCUUAUUCACCAGUAUCUUCUUGACGCUUUCUUCACGAGGCCAUUCUACAAAGCAUUGUUAAGGCUGCCUUGUGACCUUAGCGACUUGGAGUAUCUGGAUGAGGAGUUCCAUCAAAGUUUACAAUGGAUGAAAGACAACAACAUCACUGAUAUCCUGGACCUCACUUUCACCGUAAACGAGGAAGUGUUUGGACAGGUAACAGAAAGGGAGUUGAAAUCUGGAGGUGCAAAUACGCAGGUGACUGAAAAGAAUAAGAAGGAGUAUAUUGAACGGAUGGUCAAGUGGCGCGUAGAAAGAGGUGUUGUUCAGCAAACAGAGGCCCUAGUCCGUGGCUUUUACGAAGUUGUAGACUCAAGGCUUGUCUCGGUUUUUGAUGCUAGAGAGCUAGAAUUGGUUAUAGCCGGCACUGCUGAAAUAGACCUGAAUGACUGGCGCAACAACACAGAAUAUCGGGGUGGUUACCAUGAUGGACAUAUCGUAAUACGAUGGUUCUGGGCAGCAGUAGAGAGGUUCAACAAUGAGCAAAGGCUACGGUUGCUGCAGUUUGUCACUGGAACAUCUAGUGUGCCAUAUGAGGGCUUUGCAGCCCUUCGAGGAAGCAAUGGGCUACGGCGCUUCUGUAUAGAGAAAUGGGGUAAAAUAACAUCCCUUCCAAGGGCACAUACAUGUUUCAAUCGCCUGGAUCUUCCACCCUAUCCUUCAUAUUCUAUGCUGUACGAAAAGCUGUUGACAGCUGUCGAAGAAACGAGCACCUUUGGACUUGAAUGAGAAAAUUCAGGCUUUUCAAGUGUUUUCCUGGUCAGUGACAUCACUCUCUUCCCUGCUGCCAUAUGAUUUUCAUUUUCUGUGUUUUUAUUUUUGUUGGGGGGGAUCAGGAUUUACAAAAGCUGUGCAUGAAGAACAGCCUUCGUUUAAGAACUAACCUUCAUGCUUUCAUCUUUGGUUUCCAAUGGACAACUAGCCUGUAUGCAAUAUAAACAACAACAGUCUCAAGGUCUCUGUGUAUCUCCACAUACCUCCCAUUCGUAACAAUGAAAAUAUGAAUGCAAGUUACGCUACACUUGACCAAAUGUUACAUGUUUACUUCCACCUACGUUGAUUAAAUAAAACAAAAACAUCAAGCAUUCCAAGCUUUUAUAUGCCCAUCUCUUCUGGAUUACAACCAUAAUUCAUCUUGCGUCUUAUCAGCUGUAUCUGCUAAUGGGACCUGGACAAGAGUCUCUGUCAUUCAUCCUUGACUUUUUGAACAUAUCACACACAGGUGAAAGACACCUGUGAGUAAAACUGAUUUUUUUUAUAUACGCACACUCAUAAUCCAAAUCAGCUACAUCAGCUGGAGCUGGGCCAUAUAUAUGGUGCAGAGAAGACAUUCAGAACAAAACAAAUGUGUAAUGCAAUGCAGUGUGUCAGUGAUAGUUAACAGUUGUUAAUUGCCAGUCUUGAAAAGAACUUGCACUUCUGAGAUGAGAGGUAAUUUUUAUUUUAAUACAAAUACGCAAGAAGUGCACAUUUGUGCACUCGAAAAGGAUGUCAUUAUGUCACAAAACAGACACCACCACCGUACCUAAUUAUUGUACAUAGCAAAAAUAACAAGAAGAAUACUCUUUCUUUUUAUAUCUUCUGGUCUUGCUUACCAAUUCUUUGUUUUUUGAUGUUUAAACACAGAAAAGGAGUAUAGACAAUCCUGCACCGUGUGUUGAAAGCCAUUAAUUAUUUACGCUAUAUCAAUUGACAUAAGAGUUGUAGUUUUGUUUCAUUCCUCUUUGAUCUGAAAGACCGCAUUCAUUGUGGAAUUGGUUCUACACGAAAGGAUUUAGCCCAAAUUCACAAAAUAUGUGUGAAGCUGCAGAGAAUGCUGCUGCUGAAAUAGCGUGUGUGAAUGAGAGUUUUAUCUGAGCAGCGAUUUAGUGAAACAUUUAAAAUAGUUCCUAAAGCCCCAUUUGUCCAUUUAGCAAAUUAGUUAUUAGCGAAUUGAAGAGUCUGUCCUCUUUUGGAAGCAGGUGAAACAAUGAAUGGCUUGGCUUUGUGGGCUUCACCUUCCAUCGCCAAAAUGAGGACAGCAAAACACACUGGAACAUGCAUACUUUGAUGGGUACUGCUGAAACUAACUUGGUGGGGGAAGGGUUGGAUCAACCAUAAUAUUGCUUUUGCUUUUCUUCACCUCUGCUGCCCUAAUUUUCCAAACUCAAUCUGAGAAUGAGGCUGUAAUCCUACAUGCACUUAUUCAGAAGCAAACCUCAUGGAACUCAAUGAUUUUUACUUCCAAGUAAGCAUACAUAGGCCCUAGCUGCAUGUAUAUUUUGUCUUCACCAGGAUUAGUUCUUAUUUUUACAUGUAUAUCUUUGAAAGGUCAAAAUGAUACAGGUAUGCAUCAUCAGGUAAUGUACCAUCACAGCAACAAAGAGAGUGUAAGAAACAGUGGUCAAUUAAAUGUUGUAUUUGAAAAGGGGCCUGUUCUCUUGUACCUGGGAUGGGAUCAGGAGCUGAACUUGUGCUUGAGUGAUCUCUUCUCUUUUCCUCUUACUACAGGGAGAGAAGUUAUCAAAUGCUGGAUCUCUCCCUAGUGUGGUAAGGUCUAUGAGUAAGGAACAUGAGAUGUAAGGAACAUGACAGAGGGAGCAAAUUCUGCUUCCUCUCUGCUCCCCAAGUAUGAUCCUCAGGUUAAGGAACUG